UAUCUAUCUUUUAUGCUAUAUUAGUUGGUGCUUGAGUGGCCUUUUUUUGAUCUGCUUGUUACUGUAUCGGACAAUAUUUGAGAACAGAUAUAACCCCUUGGAAUUUUGUUGAUCAUGGAUGUUAGGAUGAAGUAUCGAACAGGGGGCGAAGAAAUGCAAUCCAGAAUUAUCUCAUCAUUCCUUGCAAUGAUACCUGGGAUAAUUGGUUUGUGUCUAUUGGUCGCAGCCAUUGCAACGUCUAGCUGGCUUGCGAUUAGCAAUGUGACAUCUACGUCGUUUCAGGUGUUGACGUACGGCUUAUUUUCCGUUUGUAAGAAUCAAGUCAACAACUUAGCUACUUCGGCAACAUCUACAAUAGUUUGCAACACACGUGAAGAAGAAGCAGUAGGUAUUGACGUACUAGAGCAAGCCACACGUUCUCUGAUGGUUAUCAGUAUAAUUCUUCAUUUGCCUGGAAUUAUUGCAGCAAUUUAUUUUGGUCUUCGGAAAAAUAUAAGACGAAAUAGCGCCAUUAUACCGGGCGCUAUAUUUCUAGUAGCAGCUCUUUGUGCGAUCUCCGGUAUGGGAUGCUAUUCGGCAUUUAUGUCAAAUCAAAGUUCUGCCAUUGGACCGAAUAGUGCUGCCUACAGGAAUGCUGAACCAGGAAUGUCAUUCUUCUUGGGAUGGUUCGGAGCGGUUUGUGCCGUUAUCUCUUGCGUUGUUGCAUUUGUUUCACAUGCAAUCAAUUAACACUUAUAUUCAGAAGUGAUGCUAAAGUUAUUUUAUUUCAUCAGACUGUUGAUAUAUGCAGCAAAUACGGUAAACUUUCUAUGUAUGUGAAAUAGAAGAGUUGAAAUACACUUUGAUACUUGCCAAAUCUAAUAGCUUGAAUUUUAGCAGUUUUAAGCCCAAAUUUUGUUGAUCGUCAGAAUAUUUCUAUAUUAUAAUUUUUGAAGUAUCAAAUGUCAAUUGGACUCAAUCAAAUUUUGUGAAUAAUUUUUCCGAACAAAAAAUAUAACAACCAUGAAAUUAACAACUUACAACUUGACAGUUCACAUUGUCAAAAACUGUUGAUUAUACCUUUUUUGUUAUCGUUAUUGCAGUUUAUCAUAUUUAGCUCUUUGAAUAUUACAUUUAUAUUGCUGCA